AUGGGCGGGCCUCUGCGGAUCCAUAAACUUUUUCAAAUCGGACAAACGAAGGGCCGUCUCUUCUCGGGAGGACAGAAGCCGAACUCUGGGCUCAAGGAAAACCAAUCUCGAACUCUCCCUUUGCAGUCCGCUCCCGGGACGCAGGGGCCGCUCCCGGGACGCAGGGGCCGCUCCCGGGACGCAGGGGCCGCUCCCGGGACUCAGGACAUUGAGAGCAGGACACGCCGAGGGCCGCAGAGCUCGCACUUCCUGUGUGUGCAGCGCCAGGAGCAGAGUGUUUGUGACGCGCAGGUCCAGCCGAGCAACCGCGGCUACAGCACCUCCUCCAGCACCUCCUCCAGCACCUCCUCCAGCACCUCCUCCAGCUUUAAGUUCUGA